AUGGUGUCGGAAAAGGAAGAUGGAUCAAGCGGAGUUGGCGAAGCCUUGCUGGAUCAAAUCAAGAAGAUGAUGGCAGAAGAGUUUGAUCGGAGAGAUCAGAUCAAACGAGGCAAGAGAAAGGAGACUAGGGAUCCGAUACAUAUUUCUGAUGGGGACAAGAGGAAUGAUCCGAUGACAUCUCAUGGGCUCGGUGAUGAUCAAGCUCAUAUCUACUACGGCAGCAGUCACUCCUCUCACUCAAGUCGUCGCCGAUCUAGGAAGCCGCGAGAUGAGCCAGACCGUAUGUUAGAGAACUUGGGCGGUUACAAAAUGAAGAUUCCACCGUUCCAUGGCCGGAACAAUCCAGACGAGUAUAUGGACUGGGAGAAGAAGUGCGAAUUCAAUUUCAAUCUUCACAACAUCAUUGGCGUUAACCGUGUCAAGCUGGCCAUAGAUGAAGCGCAUCAUGAGGCAGCGAUUUGUCCCUAG